AUGGAGCAUUAUUCUAGUACAAAUCUGAAAGCUUAUAUUAAAUAUGAAGGUGGAGUUGCAAUUUUGGAUCUGAAUGGCAGAGGACUAUCCAGUGUUCCUGAUGCAGUUACUGAACUGAGUAAAUUGGAGAAACUUAGGCUGGAUAAAAAUAACCUGAUCAAACUACCAACAAGUAUUAACAAGCUGAAAAAUCUUACAAAGCUUGAUUUAAAGCAUAACCAAUUAACCAAACUACCUGCUGAGAUUGGUGACUUGAAGGAGCUGAGGGAGCUGUCUUUGAAACACAAUCAGUUGGUUGGUUUACCUAGCAGCAUACAAAAGCUGAACAAGCUUGAAAAGCUGAACUUGUAUGGUAACAAACUGACAGAACUAUGUUCUGAGAUUGGCCACCUGAAAGAGCUGUGGUGGCUGAGUGUGAGUUACAACCAAUUAGCUGGUGUACCACCCAGUACACAGAAGCUGAAACAUCUUGAAGCACUUUACUUGUGCGGUAAUAAGCUGACAGAACUACCUGCUAACAUUGGUGACCUAACGGAACUGAGGGUGCUGUCUUUGAGUAACAACCAGUUGGUUGGUUUGCCUACCAGUAUAAAGAAGCUAAACAAGCUUGAGAAGCUGGACUUGUUUGGCAACAAACUAACAACACUAUUUGAGAUUGGCGGCCUGAAGGAGCUGAGGGAGCUGAAUGUGAGUAACAAUCAGUUGGUUUGCUUACCUACCAGUAUACAGAAGCUGAACAAACUUGAAGUGCUUUACUUGGAUAAAAACAAGCUAAGGGAACUACCUUCUGAGAUUGGUGACUUGAAGGAGCUGAGGAACCUGAGUGUGAGUAACAACCAGUUGGCAGAUUUACCAACCAGUUUACAGAAGUUGAACAAGCUUCAAAUGCUGUACUUGAGUGGUAACAAACUUGGGCACUUACCUGGAGCAAUAAGAUGCAUUCUGAAGUUAAAAAAGCAAGGAACAUUUGUAAAAACUGACAUUGCAGGUGAGCAGAGGUAUUAUUUUAAUGAUACCAAAAUAUGAAGCUCAAUAGGUCGGGGGGAGGGAGGGUACUCAACAAAUUUUUACACAGGAAGGCUCUGCCCUGAUGGAGGACCAGUCCCUUACCCUUUUUUAUACCAUUUUUUAUGAAAAAGGUACCCUUUCGUAUACCUUCUAUUGACAAAAGGUACCCCUUUCACAUAUCUUGUUUAGAACUUUGCAUCCCUUUUAACUGCUGCUGCAUUGUCGUUUAAAUAGGAAUCAAUCACAGAAAUGGAAUGUUUUCUCGACUUUUUGAAACCAUUUAGCACUUUGAGCCCUUUCACAGACCCAAAUGACAGAUUUCACUCCCCUUUGGUAUACUUCAAUGAGUAAAAUCCCUAACCCUUUCAUAUACCUGAAGCCUGAAAAAGGUACCCCUUUUGGGUGGAGCCUCAGUCCCCAUAUAGGCCAUUAUAGGGAGUAAACCCCACCCCCCACCCCCCUGGCAUUAGGUUUAUGUGCAUUAUUGAACAACUCUGAGCUUUAAUUUGAAUUGUUGUCUUUCAACUUUGUUAAAGGAGAAAAGCAUUGAGACUUAACAAUAAUUAAAACUUCAAUGACAGGUUCAAGGGUAAAAUGUUAAUGGACGCUAGAAUUAUAUGUGUUGUAGUUUAUUUUUUAUCUCAGGUAAUUUUUAUUUUUCUUUUUUUUCAACUUCUUCCACAUAUUAUUACCAUACCCCAAAACAAAAGAAAAACAAUAAUUACCAAAAAUAAAAAAAAUUAACUACAACAUAUACAGUACAACUCCAGUACAUGCGUUCGUACUUAGUUUGCUCAUAUCGUCACGAAUGAACUUCGAGUGAUGAGUCAGGUUUGAGUCAGGCAAAGCAUUACAUUUUUCUUUUGGAAUCACCUGAAGUUCUUGUUUUAAAAUGCUUCUUCCCUUAUGAUUUUUACCUAAUCUGAUAUACAAAUUUUAAGCCAUGACAAUUGAGCUAUCUCCUGAUGAUGCAGAUUGCGGAGAUGUCAACCUCUGUGGAAUUAAAAUGUGGAGUAUGUCUCCUUUAAUUGUAGUACCCCUCAUUAAUCAAUCCCAACUAAUAAGCACAGAAGAGAGCGAAGUUUGUGAUGUCAAUGACAGAUUUUCUAAAAGUAUAGUGUUGAAAAACUGAAUAAUUGUGGAAUUUUUUGUUUGACACCCAAAAUUAGUAUACAGCUGCAGUAUGACAAUACUGUAAUAUCACAUGAAUGGCAAAAUGUUUCUCAAGCCAAAUGACCUCUAAGGCCAGUCACAUACUGUACCGACUGUGCUUUGCAGAGAUUCAAGCAAGCUAAGGGGAUUUUACUGAUUUGAUACAUGUAUCUAACAUGCAUAGUGUGUGACUGCUAACAUAAUGAUUGCAAUGUUUUGGUGGACACAACCUUUAAGACAGUACAUUGCAUUCCUUUAAGUUCCUACAGAAAUAGAGGCACGAGGAGAAAGAGCCCAGUUUGUUUAUCAACGUGCUCUUAGAAAUGGAGCCGUCAAUGUUUAUCGCGCUCGAGUGUUGCUUCUUGGUCAGGAUCGAGCAGGGAAAACCAGUUUGAAAAAUUGUCUCAUUGGUCUACCAUUCAAUCCAAAUGAACAAAGUACUGAAGGAAUUGAAGUUGAUCUGUCAAUCUUUCAAGUGGGUGUGAACGAAGGUAAGAAUUGGCAAGCCACUGAUGAGAGCAAACAAGGGUUUUUGGGAUGUUCCAAAGAUGUGGCACAGAUGUUGGUGGAAAAGCUGUGUAUUCCAGCCAGCCAUGAUUGGGUUGAAGAAGAGGAGGAACGUAAAGAAAAACGUGAACUUGAAAAUGAUGAUUACAGGAAAGAAAAACAGCAUGGUGAUAGUGAUGGCAAAAAGGACAGUCGUGGCUUAUUUGUGAACCAGGUUUGCAAAUCUACAUUUAACUCCUCACAUUUUAUGAAUAAUACUAAUAUCACAUCUCACUAACUUUACAUGUAUGAAGCAGGUUGACCUUAUGGUGUAUUUCAACAUGUAAUACAGUAAACACCCGCGAUCAAAAACCUAAGAUAAUAAAUUGUUGAUUACCAAGAAAAUAAAUAUAAACUUGGGUUUGGGCCUUAAAAAUACAGUAUUUAUUCACAAUUUUUUAUUACUGUAACCCUAACAAACUGAUUACCGAAUUUAUAUACAGUUUGGUACAGUAUGAUCUUGUUAUACUGAAAUUUUUACAAUCUCAAAGUUGCACUCCUUAGUUAAAUUGUUGAUCAUAAUAAAUUUAACUGUAACCCACAUAUAAGAACCUGCUUGAUCUUGUUUGACUAAACGGGUUCUUGUAUUUUUGGGUAUUUAAGUGGCAAAUUUUUGCCGGGAGGUUCUUAAUCCGCUGGGUUCAUAAUUAUUCGCGGGUGUUUACUGUACUACACAGCCAAUUUCUCAGUGUCAGCAUUGAGAAAAGGUGUUCCUACUGAUAUGAUGUGAGUUAAUAAAUUACUUUCGUAUAGCUAAUUUAAUGCAUUGUCCUUUCAACAGGUAGUCUCUGAUAACUUAGUAUCUGAUUUGUGACUGAAAUCUCUGUAACAUGCCAAGUUAAAUUCUCGGCCAGGCUCGGCGAAAAGAACGGCUGAGCCUAAUUGAUUCGGACGCUGAACUUUUCAUGUACUUAAUUCAUUAGGUUCGGCUCACGAAAAGUUCGGCGUCUGAACCGGGCCUAAGGAACAUGUGACUUUAGAUACAUAUUUCUUCCAAUUCACAAACUGAAACAGCUCUUGAAAGGUAAAGCAUGUCGGUACGAUGCAUUUACAGUUAGAUGCAACAACACUGGUCACCCUAACAAAGGGAAAAGCAUGCUUAAAAUCCUGUUUUCAAUUGUCUGAGUUAGAGUGAUUUUGGUAUGACCUUGAAAAAUGGUUUCGGUCAGUGUUCGCUAUUUGUUUCAUCAGCCAAUGGAUGAAAAGAUCAAAACGUACUCUUCGUUUUCCCGCCAAAGAAAACCCUCAUAUGGAGAAGGCAUUGUUCGAUUAGCCAAUCGUGUUGCAGUAUGACGUCAAAGCGAAGUAUCGAUUGAUUUCUAGAAAGUUCUUCGGGCAUUGAGUUUUUUCAGCCGAGCGUUCGCUUAACCAACCAAAAGCCACGCGCGUUUGUAUCCGUUCGAUAAACCAAUCAAAUCGCUCCGUUGGUUUUUUUUUCUAUUUUGUUCGCGCGUUUUCAUUUCAAGGUCAUACGAAAAUCGCUCAAAACCUUAAUUAUGACGUCUCGUAUGAUCCUGUCAAUUUCUUGGUUAGUGGAACAGGUGUGCCAAUGAAAUUUAGACUCAAUUUUUUUGAAAAAAUCCCCUUUUGUUCCAAAUGCAAAUUAUUUUCGAAGAAGGUCUUGUAGUAAUGUCCUCUUUCAAUUGAAAUAAUAACACUUUUUCAGUUUUAUCACAAAUUUUGUUAAGUUACCGCAUUUAUUAGAUUAAACACCACCCUCAAAUAAACGCCGCCCUCGAUUAAACGGCGCAGAUGGAAGCAAAACUACCAAUAAAUGCCACCCAGGAAUAAACGCUGCACCUCAUCAAGAAGACUGCGGCGUUUACUCGAGGAUAAUAAGAAAAAACUUGGUACAACUUGGCAAUUUACACCAUCCAGACAUUUACGAUUCUAUCGCAGCAAAAUAAGCCUGAGACAUUGGAAUCUUUCAAUUACAUAAUAUUUACAAACGAAUUACAAUAACUGUUGUCAGUGAUUUUAAAAAAGUGAUUUCGAAAUAAACGUCGCCCUCGAAUAAACGCCGCAUCGGAAACGCUAAAAAGUUAAUAAACGCCGCGGCAUUUAAUCGAAUAAAUAUGGUACGUUUAAAUGUAAUUGGUAACAGAACUUUGUGCCGUCCAAUUCGGUCUGUAAUCAUACUCUUGAUUAAACAGAUUGGACUUCUGCCUGCAGUCAUCUUAUUUUGUUAUUCGCUCGUAUUGUGACAGACUGAAUUGGACUCCAUUCAAUCCUAUUACCAUUAUAAACGACUCUAGCAUUUCCCUGGCUAUAUGUGAUACGUUGGGAUCCUGAUUUUUCGAACCACCCAGGGAAAAGCAAAUUGGUUUAAAUUAUUGCGAGCUUUGAAAAUCAGAGAUAAAAUUACAGUGUAUUGUGAAACAACCUUAACCAUGAUAAAGAGCAAGCAAGAGUUUUAUUUUACUUUUAUUUUGACCUUUACAUGUACAAGUAGGAUACCUUAGGCAUAUAAAGCAAACACAAAAUAUUUACAGAUAUGUUGAAUUGUAACCUGCUUGAUAUAAAUUGAGCUGGUGCCAUUCAAUGAGCUGUCAUCAUUUAACCUCUUAUUAAUUCAGUUUCAGUGUUUUUGGUGUUUUAAUAGUCAUGCUUUCCAAUUCCCCAAUGUGCAUGCCUCGAUGUUUGAACUAAAAAAGGGUUCUUUUCUCAUUUACUGAUUGGGGUGAAUUCUCUUUCAGAACUCACCAUCAACAGCUAAUUUCUGUUCUUUUUACCUGGCACUCUGUUUCAGGUUGAUGAUUCAAAAACACUUGGUUUUAGUGAGCUUACAUCAUCAUUAUCUGAUCGAGAAUUAAUGGCUGAUUCUAAUUCACCUCCAGAUGAGAUCACAGAGCAAGCUGUUGAGUUGAUAAAGUAUAUGGAAGGUGGAAAAAGUGGUAGUGAAAAAUCUGUUAGCAGUAUUGAACUGUGGGAUUUUGCUGGUCAGCAGCUCUAUUACGCAUCUCAUCCUGUAUUUUUAACAUCACGUGCGAUAUAUAUCUUGGUGUGCAACCUCAGCAAGUCACUGCAUGACAUUGCCCAACCCUGCGUGAGACAAGGAAAUCAUGAUUUUAUGUUGGAAAACCCAACCGGGGAAACGAACCUGGAGAAUCUGCUAUCUUGGCUGUCCACAGUGCAUAGCAUCACACAGAUGAGAGGAGAGACUUGUGACGAUGCAGAAGGAAAGCUGCCUCAUCUUCGGCCACCAGUGAUCAUUGUAGGCACCCACGCAGACAAACCAUUUGAAGACAUUGCAACAAUGAAAUCAGAAAUACAGAGGGCAAUUGCUGGUAAGGACUAUGAAGGACAUGUGGUGCGGCCUAUCUUUAGCAUUGACAACACUGCAAGAUCACUUCAAAGAAAGAUCAAAAAGGUUUUCAGACAAGAUAAACACAUUGAUCACAUUCAAGCUCUACAGGACAGAAUCAUGGAAGUGCUAAAACAGGAGCCAUACAUGGGGGAGAGUAUACCUGUGAGGUAAGUGGUUAUAUACCAGGGCCCGGUUUCUCGCACAAUGGUUAAGUUUAACCCAGGAUUAAGCCAAAUUUUUAAAUACGGUUUUCUUGUCCAACAACAUUCAAGCUUACAAAAUACUGUUGAGCCUUUACUCUGAGAUAGAGUAAUAAUGAUACAAAAUAUUAAAAGACAAUUCGAGUCUUUUGAAUGAGAAUUUCUGGUGGAAGAAUUUGGGAUUUGAGGCCUUUGUUUCAGACCCAAUAGGUUAAUUCUGCCUUCAGUUGAAACGUUUUUUUUAGGGUUUUGAGACUGGUUUGAAACUGUUGGUCACUUUUUAAUCUCGAAAUUUUGCUUUCUGCACAUGCCCGAGAUUAAGAAGCUGAUAUUUUGCAUCUUGAAUAGAAGGCCGCAAAGCUCUCGACCUAUAAACAGCAUUUUGGGUAGUUUUGGUUCUUUAUAGUCAGAAAGUGACCGGAAAUCGGCUUGACUAGCUUCAAACGGCAUUUUCGGAGAAAUUCCCAGGAGCGAAAGAGUCAGAGAACUUACUAUUAACUUUGGUGACUGAGACACUGCUCCUUUAAUACAGAAUUGACUGUGCGGUGCUUUAAACAGUGACCUCUUAAUGUAGGACUAUCUUGGCGAUGAGUCAAUGAUGUGAAGUUUACCCUUCUGUUUUGGAAUGUGUGCAUGCUUUUGCACAAAUAGUCAGAGCAGGUGCUUUUCUUAGUGACAUCUAUACACUAUUACUUGCAUUCCUUUUUUACAAACUAGGUGGCUCAACUUUGAGAAGGUCAUCGAUGCUUUGCAAUCCAAGGACGUUUAUCAUUUAAAUAUAACGGAACUUCAAACCUAUGCCAAAGAUAAGUGCUUUAUUAAUGACGAGGAAGAGUUCACCACCAUGGUGAAUUUUUAUCAUGACAUGGGGAUAAUAAUCAAGCACUGCAGCACAGUCAUUCUGAGUGCCAAGUGGCUGAUAGAUCUGUUCAGGCAGCUCAUCACUAUUCCACAUUUUGAUAAAAUGGUAAGAAAAACGUUUAUUGAAUAUAAACACCAGUGAAAUACCAGGUGAGCUUUGAUACGAAAACAUGAUGUCUUCACAUGUGAAAAGAUCACUGUUGCUAUGGCUACAUAAUAAACCGCACCUUUCAAAGCAAAAAAAUAUAUAUUUAAGUGAAGUGGUUUGUUAUUCAUUGGUGUUUGUAUUAAUUUAACAAUAGAAAACGUUUUCCUUGUUUACCUGGCCUGAUGUAAACACGACAGGGGUUGGGAGCAUUCGAGACACCUACGCAAACCCGUAACGAAGUCGAGGGUUUCAUAACUGUCUCGAAUUCUCCCAACGCCUCUCGUGUUUAUAUCAGGCUAUGCAAACAUAGGAAAAAACUUAACUAUUGCUUUUAUAAAAUAACUUCCCCGAGAAAAACACAGAAUGAGGCAAGGCUUUCUCUAUGGGAGAGAUUAAUCAAGGGGAAAAGUGUUCUUUCCCCAACGCUGUGCUUUGCGUAAGUUUCUCGUGAUAGGUCAAAACGCGCGUGAUCAGAUUGCGUUCUAUGCAUUCCGUUCAUUCUUAGAGGAAGUCCAUACGAAUGCUGACUGCGCACGUGCCGCGCAUGCGUAAUAGCAACGUGGAGAUUAGCACUGUGGCUUCCUCUGCUCGUCCGCAAUUAGCUCUCGGCUUCCCGGAUUCAUUUGUAAACACUCUGUAAUCACUCCUCAAUUUAUUAUCUCUCAGGACCCAAAGGUUUCCAAGCACUGGGAGAAACUGAGAGAAAGCGGUGUCCUCAGCAUGGAACUCGUUGAGCAUGUGUUUUCCAAAUUUCUUCUGAAGGACUUUGUCAGAGAUGAUAUUCUAGACCUGAUGGAGCAAUUCGGUUUAAUUGCAAAGUUCUCACCCCCUAAAACUGAUGAAAAGUAUUUUGUACCAUCUCAACUCAAAGUGCCACCUGAUUCCCUUUGUGCCAUGGUACCCUCACGCUCAGACCCCUGUCCUCUAUAUGUCUUCUUUGUUACUGGUUUUGUCCCCCAUGGCUUGUUCACACGGCUUGUUUCUCGACUUGUUAGCUGGUGUUCUGAGAGCGGUCCAAGUCAGCCCCCUACCCUGUACCGAAAUGGAGCAUGGUUCGUCAUUGGGAGACGAACUGUCCAUGAUUUAGUUCUUUUCUGUAAGAAACAGUACAUAAAGUUUUUUAUCAUGCAAAGAUCCCAAGUUCUGCACGUCUCUGGAGAUAAAGAAAGUGAAGUUGCAAUUCAGGUGCGUGAGUUUGUGGGGGCAGCACUACAAUCUUUGUCACAGGAUCUGCUCUAUCUACGUGGACUGCAGUACCAGAUUUGCGUCGCCUGCCCAUAUUGUCCGCUGGAAAAGUGCACAGGUCAUAAUCAGCUGGCAUGUUCACAUGUUGACUGUCGUCAUCUCCUUGAGAUAAGACAAGGUGACCCACUUAUUUGCAAAAAGAAGCCUUCAAACAAAGUAUUAACAGUUGAGGGACUGGAAAAAUGGUUCUCACAGUCAACAAGUCAGGUACUAAUGAAAUACAAUCUCUAGCAACACUAGUGGCAUAAAAUUCACUGAAUAGUAAUAUAACCUCGAAGGGUAAUUAUGUUAAAAUUAUAUGGCACCAUAUGAUGAGGCUUUAAUCUCUAUCUGAUAAGAUUGAAGAUAAUCUUUUAUAGAAUAAUGUCCGAUGUAGUGUGACUUCAUUUGCUCUCCGACAAGGCUCUCCCUAGUGGAAGAGAAAUGGAAAAUAGGGAGGUUCACGUAUCACGAUUGUAUCUAUUGGCCUGAAGGUCUUAUUGCGGUGUGCGCCCUUUUUUUUCACUCAACAUGGUUUUGUUUUGCUACUUAAGUUAGCUUGCAUAACAGGCGCUUUAUGAGCUAAGCGAGGCGAACGCGGCAUUUUGCAAGAAUAGCCAAACGAGUGCGAAGCACGGGACGAGGGGAGGAAAAAGUAAAGCGCCUGUUACCGGUCCAUUGUUCUGGCUCUUCCCACGUUCACUACAUCAACGUUGCGUUCCAAUUGGGUAAUUGAUGACGCGUUGUUGUGGCAUGUUUGUCUGAAACAAAAUAACCGUCACGCAUUAGUGUUCUUUUGACGAUGCUGUUUGAGAAGCCUUUCGCUUAUUUCCAAGUGUUCCAGAACUAAUAUAAAAACAAAAGAAAUGUUCAAAUUUAUUGCUUUAGAGGAAAGAUGUUCAUGGAUUCCUUCCGACUAGGUAAGGCAAAAGCCUGAUUUACUAACUUUUUGAAAUUAAGUGUUGACAGGCCAAACACGACUCAUAAGCUCGUGACCUUGGAAUUUUUUUGAACAACACGUUUUCCCUCUUUCCUUUCUAGCCGCUGUGUUUGGACAUAACUUAACUUUGACCGAGCAAAUCUUCUGCCGCACUGAGUCAUACAUUAUUGAAGGUGAUUUUGCCUUCGCUGUUAUUUCCUGUGUUUUAUGCUGUUAUCGGUGUUUCUGGUAGCGAGAAAGGUGACAAUUGUUGAGUAAUGGAUCGUGUUUUGAUUGGUCCUUUUGACAUCACCGGCGUCAGUCAAUACCUGUGGGUGUAGGUGGGCUGAAAAGCCAAAACAAUUGACUGAUAACAGGCGCUUUAUUUUCCUCCUCCCCUUGUUUCGCGCAAAAUGCCGCGUUCGCCUCGCUUGGCCCAUAAAGCAGCUGUUAUGCAGGCUAUUCAUAAGUUGACCUCAUCUUUUAUUUGAUAGAAUCAGGUUCCUACAAAUGUUGAUUCAAACGUUUUCUAGGCGCCACCCUAUAUAAAAGUGCUAUUUUGAAAUAUGCAUUUUGGUUUUCUUUCAGGAAUUGCAUUCACCCUUUUCUGGUAAAACACAAAGUCAUGCACAGCCUUCAAUCUUAAAAGUUUCCCUCCUGGCUAAUGAGUGGGGUUCAUCUAAGGGUGGCUUGUCAACAGUCAACAGAACGCUUGCCAUACAUUUGGCAAAACUCCCAAACGUACAGGUCACUCUUAUUGUACCUCAAUUUGAGUGCGGUGAAGAUGACAAGAGAGCUGCCAAGGGUCACAACAUUUCCAUCAUAGAAGCACAUCGUCGCCCUGGCUUUAGUGAUCCCCUUGAUUGGUUGAGCUUUCCACCAAGAAACCUUGACAUUCAGGUCGUGAUUGGUCAUGGUGCAAAGCUGGGUAAACAAGCUCAAAUCAUCCAAGAGUCUCAUUGUUGCAAUUGGGUGCAGGUAGUUCACACCGAACCUGAAGAGCUAGCCAUGUAUAAGAACUAUCCUGGCGCAAUUACCAAGGGAGAGGGAAAGAACAGAGCUGAAGUUGAGCUGUGCCAACUUGCAGAUCUCGUUGUGGCAGUUGGGCCCAAGUUGACAGAAGCAUUCUCGUCCUACUUGCGUUCAUCUCAUCAAGAUGUAUUCCAGCUGAUGCCAGGCACCUUUAAAGAGUUUUCAGAUGUUGAGCAUGCUACUACGCGAGCAAGUGCGAAGUUCAAGGUGUUAACCUUUGGCCGUGGUGAUUUUGAAGACUUCAGUCUCAAAGGAUACGACAUUGCCGCUCAAGCAAUAGUUGAAUUGAAGGACAGUUCGUACCGUCUGAUCUUUGUUGGUGCACCUGAUGGAAAGCAGGAUGAAGUCGCGGAAAUCUUAUGCCAGACGGGCAUUUCAAGAAACCAGUUGUUUGUCAGGUCAUUCGUGAAAGACAAGCAAAGAUUAAAAGAGUUAUUUUGUGAAGUUGAUGUGGCCAUCAUGCCUUCAAGGACUGAGGGAUUUGGCUUGACAGCACUGGAAGCCAUGUCAGCCGGUCUCCCCAUUCUAGUAAGUGGAAACUCCGGAUUUGGAGAAACACUGCGUUGUCUUCCAAUGGGUAUGUCAUUUGUGAUUGAUUCGGAUGACCCCAAGGAAUGGGCAAAGGCAAUAGUAGCUAUCCAACAAAAAUCUAGGGCACAGCGGCUUGAGGAAAUCCAAAGACUUCGAAGAAGUUAUGAAGAGAGAUUCAGUUGGGAGAGACAGUGCAAAUCCCUUGUUGUCACGAUGUGGAAGAUGGUCUAUGGUAAGAAAUCAAAUUCUCACCCUAAGUAAAGUAACGAUAAUUUAAAUGAGCAAUUUUAGGAUGAGGCUGAGUAUGAUCUGAAAAAUUGUGUAGAUCGUGGAGGAUGCUGGCCGAUAUGGAUAACACCCUACGAGAUCUGCAUAAUUUUGCCCAUCAUUUGAAAUCCCAAUCCAAUUAUUGUUUUAUUAUCUAUUCAAUAUAGUUCAUACUUGAAAAACAUGCCUACCUCGAUCGAUGUUAAGUUUCUGUCUUCAACUUUUUUCCAGGGCCUCUCAGUUGCCGUCCCCUUUUCUGGCGAUAUCCUAUACUAUUGACGUCAUUUUACUGGAUAUCGCAAACGUCUUCCAAAUUUGAUCAUCGCUAGCUGAUUUUAAGGAAAUAGCCGUGGGAUUUGAGUCAUUCUCAUUAUGUUCUGUUGAAACCACCGUAAUUUAAAAUGGUCAGUUGGUUUUUCUUUGGACCCGUGUUCUAUCUCCCAUAGAACGUUUUCACUCACGUGGCGUUUUACAUGAGGUCGUGUGAAAACGCUAUAUUAAACUGACGUGAAAUAACCUUUCGCAUUUUGGAUUUUUUCUCUUUAUCAUUUGCAGGUGAACUGGUUUUCCUUGCACUUCAAAAAAUCAAGCUGGAAGCGCGUAGAGAGGCCAGCAAAACUGAGCUGUCGUUGAAUUUAAAGAGGAUUGCUUUGGAGAAAGGUUUUGUGAUUUCUGACAAUCAAGGGGAUGGAAACUGCAUGUUUUUUGCACUGUCAGAACAGCUUGAGCACAUCAAAGGAAUUAAAAUCUCCCAUGAUGAGUUACGCCGAACUGUUGUCCAGUACCUCAAGGACAACCCCAGGCUGGUUAGUGUCCUGUUUUAGUGCCUUAAAAUUAUUUAUCUCAGACUAGCAACUUAAACUGACCGAAGCAGAGAAGGGUCCAAGCAUAAAUGGAAACGGACGGGGGAGCAUUUCCUUUUUUCGCCUCGGUCGUUAAGCUUCUUUUGCUUACGUUUGAAGAACCAGACCUGUGACUUGACUGAAAUAGAACUUUGCCACCACGGUAGCUUUUUUCCUGCUCACUUCUCAUUUGCGUUAUCCGCACUAUCUGAACGCUUAUAGAGGCUAACGGACAGAUAGAGUUGGUCUUCAUCGUUCUUUCUUCAUUUUGUUUGAAACUUUAUAAGGCGGACACUUAUUUACUACUAACGGUGUCUGUGGCCCAGGGGAGUACUCCCUAUAAUGGCCUAUACGGGGAGGCUCCGCACAAAAGGGGUACCUUUUUCAGGCUUCAGGUUUAUGAAAGGGUAGGGACUUUAUUGGUUGAAGUAUAUAAAAGGGUAGGGAAAUCUGUCAUUUCGGUCUGUAAAAGGACUAAAAAGGGCUAACAGACGCAUUUUAUGGAUGUAAAAGAAACAAGAAAACUUCCUGGUUUACUGAUUUAUUCAUAAAAAAAGACGCUGCAUUUACAGCAGUUAAAAGGGAUGCAAAGUUCUAAACAAGGUGUGUAUGUGAAAGGGGUAACAUUUGUCAACAGAAGGUAUACGAAAGGGGUACCUUUUCUGUCAACUAUUGCACAUAUAUUACAACCUUACAAUAUAUGUGUUGCACACAAAUCGAUAACCACUUUACGACGACUGCUUACUAAUGUCAAGGACAAAGACAAACCGGAGGACAAACAGGGAGCAGUAUACAAGAUCAAAGGCUUCUUACAUUGGUGAAACCGGAAGAAACCUUAGCACGCGACUGACCUAACACAAACGAGCGGCGAGGAAUGGUGACGUCAACAAUCACAUUGCUACGCACCAUUUACAGACGAAACAUCGAAUUGAUUAGGACUCUGCGACAUGUAUAACGUAUUCUACAGACUACUUUCAAAGUCUUACUUUAGACAGCUGGUUUACUAACUUAGAAAAAACGCCACUGAAUCGUAGCCAACAGUUAACAGCGCCGUACAAACGACUUAUUGACGACUGUGACAAUAGACGGAUCGAAACGCACCAAUUACUAAUUACGAGUCUUCAUAGCCAAUAACAUCACGGCUUAACUGACAGACGACCAACAACAUCGCGACGUAAUUGACCAAUCAGAUCAAUAACCAGAGUAUAAUACCAUCAACUAACGUGAUAAACUCACUUUGACUCUAAAGAUGACUACCGCACAGGUUGUCGAUACGUCAGUCACUGUCAACAACAACAGUCCUAUUCAGGAGUACGUUCACCUGGACGAUCAAACUCAACCCUACUUUUGAAAUGACUCCUGGGUUCAAACCUUUCACAAUUUUCACAAUGGUAUAUAAAAGGGUAAGGGGUUGGACGUCGGGGCAGACGGAGCUUCCCCAUAUAAAAUUGUUGAGUACCCCCCCCCCCCACCUCCCCUUCGGGGGUCUGUGGUGGAGAGAGCUAACUGCGUGGUUUCCUGAAUAAGAACCGUCUAGAAAUGCGCUUUGUCGUCUCUCUAGUAACUACAGCAUUCGUUCUCUUACAGCCGGAUGGGACAGAUCUCUUCCACUUUGUUGAUGGAUUUUCAUCUUGGAACGCUUACCUCACAAGCAUGAUGGUAGAUGGUACAUGGGGUGAUCACGUGAUUCUGCAUGGUGCUGCGAACUGCUUUGAAAGAUGCAUUCACGUGAUAAGCAGUCUGCCGCAUCACGAUGACGUAAUGAUUUGCCCUGAGUAUGAUGUUACUAGUAACAAUCGGCUUGUGCUGGGUCUUGUGCAUGAGCUUCACUAUGUCAGUCUUUUUCCACUUGAAGGAUGCUAA